ACCUCCCACUUUGCCACAACACCACCCAGAAAUGCUGCUUUUCAAAUAAGAAAAGCCACAGGGAACCCAAAGCCAGAGCCUACUCUGCCUCUGCUGUGAAGGUAUCAUUCCUGCAGAUUCUGUUUUACCUAUGAUGCUAUCUCAAGAUCCAAUCAUCUGUCUCUUUCAUAUGCCUACACUUGCAGCUGUUUGGAAUGCUCAAGGGAGGGAGUAUGGUAUGCCCCAGGGCAAAGAUGUCAGAGCACCAGUUAUGUCCAUUUAAGUAAACAAGGUAAAAUAUGUGAAUUUGACAAGCUAUCCAGAUGUCCAUAAAUUGUUCCAAAGAACAAAGGGUAGUGUAACAUUAAAUAAGUUGUGGUAUUUUCCAUAUUAAGGGUAUUUAUCUUGGUUAUUUAACUCUUGGAAUGAUUGACAGAAGGGUCUAUUGGUUGUGGAAGCGUUGCUUCCUUCCCAGGCUCUUUGAGCCCCUGUGCAGAUUUAAGUGUAUUUUUGUUAUAAUUUGCUCCACCUGUGUCUGUCAGUUCCUUUCCCCUUGCCUCCCCCCGUGAUAUUCUGGCUCAUGUGUCUCCAUAAAGCUCUAAGCCAGUUAUUAAUAACAGCCCAGUGAACCUCCUGAUCCACCAAGAGCAUAUGGUGUUUUCCACAGGAGAGAGCAUUCCCUUGACUUUGGACUUUGCUUCCUGAACCCCUGAACAGAACAGAUAAACUCACUGUGAAAAGGCCACACGGUGCAGCACUCAAGCUUCUAAUUGUCUCCAGGAACCAAGGUUGCUAAGAAACCACCUGUGCUGAAUGCACUGUAUUCUAGCAAGAGCAAACAGAAAAGCAAGGAACGGUGUCGUGCACUGCUACCUGGAACAAAUUCAGGAAACAGGAAUAUUCUGGAUAUGACUGGUAAAAACUGGAUAUUAAUUUCUACUUCUACCCCUAAAAAUCUAGAAGAUGAAUUUGUGGGACAACUUCUGAAAAUCUUAUUUGUAAUCUUCAUUGACUUAAUGUCUAUUAUGUAUGUUGUUGUAACUUCGUAAGAAGUUGACCACCUUUAUAUGUAAAUUGCAAAUUGAAUUUCCAUAAAUAAAAAUUUUUAUUUUAAG